AUAUAAAAGAACAGAGGGAGUACAUCCAUAACAAUAAAAUUUUGCAAGGACCGAACAGCGAGAGAAACGCAGCGAGCAUGACGCACCCGUCAAAGUGGACCAGCAUGCAGUGACAAACUGAGCCCAAGAUGGCCUAAGAGAGGCUUCCUUACCGGCGGGCCGGGAUCGAAGCAAACAGUCUCCAAAUCCGACGGGCCCGCCAAGAAAUUGGUUUGUAAAUAAACUUAUAACAUACCCUAGAUUCUCUUCUCUGUCUCUCAUCCGCCGUGCCUGACGGCCGCCACAAUCGUCCCCAACGCCUCACGCAAAACCGCGGUAACAUAUUAGCCGUCCCCGACCUCGCCGUGGCCAGUCAUGGCCGGAUCCUCCCCGCCUAACCGUACCCGAGCUCGCCGUGGCUCGAUCUCGCCCGACCAAGUGAGGCGACGGUAUGAACCGACCGGCAGAGGGAGGAAGGGAGGUACCUGCGGUGGUGGUGGCGGCGCCCGGCGACCAUCUGGAUCUGAUUCGGCCGCGUCCGGCUCCUAUUCAAGGUCAGGUAGAUCUGAUUCGACCGCGUCCGACACGGAAUCCGGGUCAGAUCUGAAGAUGAUAUUGCAGCUAGAGGUUCAUUGUCUCCACCAACAAAGAAUUUUGGUCGGUUUCCAUCCACCUAUGAAGCAUGAGGUGUCUUUAAUUAAUCUCCUGCUCCAGGAAUCCAGUUCAAUUGCAGAAAAACGGGAAAGUCUAAAGCAUCACUUAUUUUGGAACAUACGGGCUAUAUGGCACUUCAUCUAUCUCGUGAUAUUGUGGCUGACCUAGUUGUUUGUACAUCCUUCAUGUUGAAUUUUUGAGACCAUAAGUUGGUUGUAUUAGUGGUGUUGGCCUCAAAUGGAACAGAAAAAGGCUAAUGAACCAUCUCCCUAACAUUCAUUCUACUUUAAAUAAUUGUACUGUGAGAAAUCCUGGAUAAUUGAUUCAGACAUCAACCACCAGACCUUAUACCAUCAUUAAAUUUGGCCUGACAUUUCCAGGCACAUACUGUAUCGAAGCACUAUAUAUAUAACCACACUACUAUGUAUGUUGUUGAAUAUUCACUUGAAAAUGAUAGAGAAGAAACGUGUGUUAGGUGGUGUGUACAAAGAUAGAUGUAUGGAUGUGUAGGCUGUCAUUUUAUUUCUUGGAAUUACAGGCAUCGGGAAAAAUCUAGCCAGUAUCGUAGCAUAUCACCGUAGUAGCUUGCCUAGAUUCAUAUUCACAUGUGUGAUUGAGUUUAUUGUCGUAUAGGAUUUCAAUAUACAUUCAUAAAAUUGUGCAAGGCUACCGCACCACAUGCACAAAAUGGAUUUUGUCCGGGGGCUUAGAUAGCUCUAGACAACUGUGCAAUAGCAAAGACUACUCUGUAACAUUUGAUGUUGUGACUUAAACUUAUGAUGUGUUUGGUCCAAGGUUGUUCUGAGUUCCUUGUAGCUCAAAAUAAUAAACGGAUGUAUUCGCUCCAUCUUUCUUUUCCUUUUUCAGUUUUAAGAGAUGGAAUAUUUGUGUCCCUUGCAAAUACUAAUGCUUCUCACCCUUAAUUACUAGGCGGUUCACUGUAUGUAUGGUUGAUGCUGAUUGUAUUCUGCUCAGGGUUUGAUACUGGCAGAUUCUGACUAUUCCAUGUAAUAGUAGGUAAUGGGUCUUCCUCGGCGGGGGGCGGCAGCACAAUCUCGUCGGACAUUGGGUGAAGGGGCUGCUUGUCCUUGUUGUCAACGGUCGGGAGCACCUCCGUGCCAAUCUCAUUGCUCUCCUCGAUAUGCACACAAUUCAUGGAGUCAAGCACAACACAGAGUUCAUGGCUAAUUGAAGAGCAUGUAGUUAAAACGGCAUGACUGUCACUCUUCUCCUCCUCUCAAUCCCUCCUAUAUUUACUCACCCUGCCCACGACUACUUACCCGCCCCCUCUCUUCUCUCACUGACAACCUUCCUCCUCCCCAUCGCCAUGAGCUCUAGCUCCAGCUCCAACGCCAACCCCUUCCCUUGGGGUAUUGGUUGGAGGGCCUUCUUCCUCGGGUGGACGGCUGGUGACCGGACCCAGUUCGAGAACACCAUGGAGGUGUGCUCGAACUUCGGCUCCAUGCCUGAGAUGCAGAAGGAAGCUAAUGCAGUGCUCAUGAAGGCCACUGCAGAAGAGCUGAAGACGUUGGUUCCUGACCCAACGAAGGGCGUGAUGGCAGUUGACAUCAUUCGCCGGGCCAUGAAUCAGUCCGUCUCCGACGAUGCUAAACAGAGGAAGAAGUGGUGCAAGUACAAUACCUACUGGGCUCCUGAUGACCGUCGUGCCGCAAUGUACUGGGAGACGGCUAUCGCGCCACCGGCGGUCAUCGACGGGGAGCCUAAGGCGGAGGAGGAAGAAGCGGUGCACAAUGCUAGUGAGGGCGCCAGAGUCGGGCCGUCGUACCUGGUAGAUCGACCUCGACUCUGCCGAGGAUGAUGACCCACCGGCCCGCACGGCGAUGAAGAAGAAGAUGAAGGCCAGCGGCUCGACCAGCCGCUCCGCACGCCGUGAGUCGGCGCGACACGUAUGAAAGAACAAAUUGUUAACAUAUUUUUUUUCUAGUUAGUGAUAUUGGCAAUCGAUAAAAGAUGUAUGCAAGUAAACCAUG